AUGGACUUCGCCAAAGACCCCAGCUCGCUCACACGCGAGUACGCCCAGCGUCUCGACGAGCAGGACCCUCUCCGCUCCUUUCGCAAUGAAUUCAUCAUCCCCUCCAAAGCAGACCUGACACGCACCACUCUCGCCCUUCCGGCAGACGAACAGCAUAAACAAGAGGAAAAAUGUGUCUACCUCUGCGGAAACUCGCUUGGUCUCCAGCCGACUUCUACGAGCGUCCACGUCAAUUCCUACCUUCGGUCGUGGGCAAUUAAGGGAGUGCUGGGCCAUACAGCUCCUCAUUCAGACCAACUACAGGCGGAAUGGCUGAACAUUGACGAUGAAGCUGCUGUGCUCAUGGCUCCCAUCGUGGGUGCGAAGAGCAGCGAGGUGGCCGUCAUGGGUACGCUGACGGGCAAUCUACACCUGCUGAUGGCUAGUUUCUACACGCCUACCAAGGACAGAUACAAGAUCAUCCUCGAGGGCAAGGCGUUCCCUAGUGACCAUUUCGCAAUUGAGUCUCAAGCACGGCUUCACGGCCUUGAUCCAGCCGAUACCAUGGUACUACUAGAGCCAGAGUCGCCUGAAUCACCCACCCUUGAAACAUCCUACAUCCUCUCCGUCAUCGAUGAGCACGCAGACACGGCUGCUCUCCUCCUGCUUCCCGGCAUCCAGUACUAUACCGGCCAGUACUUUGAUAUCCAGACAAUCACAGCCCAUGCACACUCCAAGGGUUUGGUAGUAGGCUGGGACUGUGCCCAUUCUGUUGGAAACGUGGACAUGAAGCUUCAUGACUGGGACGUUGAUUUUGCUGCCUGGUGCUCGUAUAAGUAUCUCAAUUCCGGCCCCGGAGCGAUGGCCGGCCUGUUCGUGCACGAGAAGCAUGGAGUGGCGAGUGAAAGUAGCUUCAGACCACGGCUGAGUGGUUGGUGGGGAUCCGAUAAAAGUGCCCGCUUCCUCAUGGACAAUAAAUUCGUACCCCGUCCUGGCGCGGCAGGUUUCCAAGUCUCCAACCCUUCCGCUAUAGAUAUGACGGCCGUCGCCGCCUCCCUAAAGCUCUUCAACAAGGCUACCAUGCCCGCUCUCAGACGCAAAUCGAUCCAGUUAACAGCCUACCUCGAGUAUCUCCUCAACAGCGAGUUCCCGGCUGGACCCGAGAAGCCAUUCAGCAUCAUCACGUCCUCCGAUCCUAACGCGCGAGGGGCCCAGAUCAGUGUCCGUCUCAAGCCAGGCAUGUUGGACGAUGUCCUUGCCUACCUGGAGAAGAACGGUGUGAUAUUGGAUGAGCGAAAACCAGACGUCCUCCGCGUCGCGCCCACGCCGAUGUAUAACACGUUUGACGACGUGUGGGUGUUUGUUCGCGAACUCAAGGAGGCAUGUAAGCAAGCGACAGCGAAUUAG